AUGGCGGCGUUUAAACCUUACAAGUUUAUCCUUUUUGACAGAAACGUAAAGAAUAGAAAUUUGUACAAACACAUAAUUGCACACCUAGACUUGUCAAUUCUUUGUAAUGAAAUUUAUGUAAAUGAAAAGCUUAGCCACUUCAAAUACGAACAUGUGAGUAGGAACAAAUUAGUGUACUUUUCAGAUCACAACUUGGUCGAUAAAUUGAAAUGUCCCCCACUCAACCGAAAUAUCGAGGAGCACCUUCGACAGUUCGCUUCCAGAGCUACGCAGCAUGCUCAUGACCGCACAAAUGAGGAAGACACACUUGAAGCAAAAACACUGCAUACCGACACGACGAUAGAGAGACAAAGUGGAAUGCCUAACAAGAAAGUGCAUAAAAAUGAUGAACAAAAUAUGAACACCCUCGUAAGUUUUAUUACAUAUGAUGGAAAAGAAAAAGACGAAUUUAUUAACACAUUAAAUUUGAACAGAAAAUACGACGUGGACCACAUAAACAUUUUGUCCUUGAGCAACUGUGACUUCAUUGUUGAUGCACUGAGGAAGAAUCCGUACAAACGGAGAAUUUCAAUCUUCUGCCCUUUUUAUAUAAUUCAUGAUGGAGGUAGCUAUGGUGAUUCCCAUCUCGAUGGCGCCUGCAACAAAUUCGAAGGAAAGAAAAACGUUCCAAAAAAGUUGUCCGACUUUUUAUAUACCAUCGUUAGCGACUUUCUUCCCAUCAGUUACAAGUACAUUCAUAUGUCCGACCUCAUCCGAGCGAUUAUUGUAAACUCUGAAUUGUGCCAGGGGCGUGGGGACGAGGACGUAGAGAUUUUGGAAUUCAUGGACAUGAUGCAGAUUAUAGGAAAGACCGUAUAA